AUGAAGGUCAAUCAAGCAGAGGCUGAGUUCUGGAGAAAGUUGGAGGGAUACAGAGUAGGCUGGAAUGAUGAAAUUUUGGGCUUUGAUUGUGGUGGCCAACAAUGGGUUUCAGAAAUUUGUUUUCCAGUUGGAACCCUAUCUAAACCAAGCAUGAAAGACCUGGAGUAUAUUGAAGAAUUGAUGCAACUAAUUGAGAAAGAAAAUAUACCUGUUCCUGCACCUAUUGAACUGAGAUGGACAGCAUGCCGGAAAAGCCUCAUAAGCCCGGCUUAUAGCUUGUGCGAAGAGGACAUAUUCUCGGGUAUCGGUAUAAUUAUGUAUCUUCCUACAAUGGAUACUAGCCAGAGGAAAGAAAUUACAGAAGAUUUCUUUCACUAA